AGGGGGGAAAGCGAUCGCGAGAAACCUCGCAACCUCCCAAAAUAGAGAGCAAAGAUCGCUUCCAGGAGCCGACGGCGGUGCAGAGAUAGAUGGCGGUUCCGUGUCAGUGAGUUUGCAUCCUCCGGGAGCCGGAGGGAUCCGGACCCCUGGAAGGGAGCCGUUGCGUUUCCUACUCCAGGGGAGGAGGACCCCUUUCCGGCCCGCCGUGUCCACCGGACGUGUCGGCCGCAUCUCUCCGUCCUCCCUCGAUCUCUGUCUUCUCCCACCGCCCCCCUCCCCGCCUCCUGCCUUGAUGUUCUGGUGAAGAAGUGGCACCGCAACAAAACUAAACAAAAGGGACCCUGGAUUUAUGCUGCUUUUUUCCCCUCCCUUCGGGUGAGACAGACACCCGGACGCCCGGACAGACAAAACCGGUGCCGGGGGAGGGUUUUCCCUCCUGCUUUGCCCAGCGGCAGCAUGGAUGUGUUGGCUAGUUAUAGUAUAUUUCAGGAGCUGCAACUUGUCCACGACACCGGCUACUUCUCGGCUCUGCCGUCCCUGGAGGAGAACUGGCAGCAGACGUGCCUCGAACUGGAACGCUACCUGCAGACGGAGCCCAGGCGGAUCUCGGAGACCUUUGGUGAAGACCUGGACUGUUUCCUCCACGCCUCCCCGCCCCCGGGCAUCGAGGAGAGCAUCCGGCGGCUGGACCCCCUCCUGCUCCCCAUGGAGGCGGCCGCGUGCGAGAAGAGCGCGGCCGUGGACCUGCUGCUCUCCCGAGACAAGCUGCUGUCCGAGACCUGCCUCGGCCUGCAGCCGGCCAGCUCCGCCUUAGAGGCCUACACGGCGGUCAACCAGGCCCAGCUCAACGCAGUGACCUCACUCACUCCCCCUUCCUCGCCCGAGCUCAGCCGGCACCUGGUCAAAACCUCCCAGACGCUCUCAGCCGUGGACGGCACGGUGAUGUUGAAACUGGUGGCCAAGAAGGCGGCGCUCGGCUCGGUCAAGGUGGGUGGGAUGGCCGCGGCCGCGGCGGUCGGAGCGACGAAGGGCGGACUGAGCGACGGCGAGCGGGGAGGGACGGCGGCGGAGGCGUCCCCGGAAAACAAGAAGAGGGUUCAUCGCUGUCAGUUUAACGGCUGCCGGAAAGUUUAUACAAAAAGCUCCCACUUAAAGGCUCACCAGAGGACUCAUACAGGUGAGAAGCCUUACAAAUGUUCGUGGGAAGGAUGCGAAUGGCGCUUUGCACGAAGUGAUGAGCUCACACGACACUACAGGAAACACACGGGGGCGAAACCCUUCAAAUGCAACCAUUGUGACAGGUGUUUUUCCAGAUCUGAUCACCUUGCCCUCCAUAUGAAGAGACAUAUCUAAAUCCCUAAAAACCAGAGACACCUCCUCCUGGCUGUUGCCUAAGGGAAGACUCACACAAUAGGAGUCUGGACCCAAGUCAGAACCCCACUGCCUUGCAGGAGAAAAGAGAAAGAGCUCACGAGUGAACCUCUUUGCACACAGGCACGCACGCGCACUCCCACGCGCACAUACACACGUACACACACGCGCGUACACGCACACACACACACUCACACCCUACCAUGCACUCGACUCGACUUGAAAUUAUCCACAUCCGUUCCUUAUGCCUUGCCCUAGCCAGAUGGAAGAGGAAUCGGGGUGAACUGAGCCAGGCUGACUGGCUGCUGACUUCAGCGCCGUUGGAACGGUUUCCUACUGUUGCCAAUGGAAAUCAGAGACAAUGGAUGUGGCUUCUCUGCAGGUGGACAACAGAAAGAGGGGCUCAUUUAACUCGCUUCUCGGUGCAGCCUGACAGAAGAUGACAUCAUCUGCAAGUUGCACACCCGUAGCACUAACGCUUCUUUUUAAAUUGUGGGAAAAAAAUGACCUAGAAAACCAAAUCCCAGUUUGGUAGCCAAAAUUAACCUCUCGGUUCCUUUGUCCUUUGUGUCUCAGAAAAAAAAAAAUCGUAACAUUCAA